AUGUUGCGUGAAGUAAAGGCUAAGAACCCGCGCACUGCGCGCAUCCUCAAGGCUCGUGAGCCGCAGCUCAUCGAGCCUCCCAAAAAGACCCUUCUAAUGCACGGAACACGAUGCCCCCAACCCCUCAACACAGUCCUCAAGACAUUCCACUCGAUGACCAAACCUCAUUCCGUGAUGUUCCACAAGAAGAACGAAAUCCACCCGUUCGAAAACACCGAGAGCCUCGAGUUUCUCGCCAACAAGAACGAAUGCGCUCUGGUGGUAUUCGGAAGCAGCAACAAGAAGCGCCCCAACUGUGUGACGGUUGCCCGGAUCUUCAAUUCGCAGCUCCUGGACAUGUGCGAGCUUCUUCUCCUCCCAGCCCCCGACCCUAAUGCCAUCCCACCUAUCAACGAGUUGGUCAUGCACGUCGGUCUUGGGCUACGGCCCAUGAUUCUCUUCGCCGGUACCCCAUGGGAGGAUCCCACCUCGUCCUCCCACGCUAUGCUGAAGAGCUUUUUCCUGGACUUGUUCAAGGGGGAGGAGACCGACCGGAUUGACGUCGAGGGUCUGCAGCACAUUCUUAUGAUUGGAGCGGAGGAGCCGCGUGAGGGUCUUUCCCCUGUGGUGCAUCUGCGGUGGUACAAAAUCAUCACCAAGCGCAGUGGUCACAAACUGCCGCGAGUGGAGCUGGAGCCGAUUGGACCCAAGUUCGAUUUCAAGAUCGGGCGCACACGCGCCGCUGCUCCGGAUUUGAUGAAGCAGGCCAUGAAGCAGGCUAAGCGACCGAACGAGGAUAUGAAGACCAAGAAGAAUAUCAGCAUGGACGCGAUCGGUGACAAGGUCGGUCGUGUGCAUCUGGGCAAGCAGGAUCUGUCCGGUCUGCAGACCCGUAAGAUGAAGGGUUUGAAGCGUCGGGCUGGUAUGGAAUCGGAUGAAGACGAGGACCAGGACGACGAUAUGAUGGAUAUUGAUGACAUUGAUGUUAUGUCGCAAUCGGAGGAUGAGGGUGAAGGCCAUAAGCGGGCUCGUAUUGAAUAG